AUGAAAAGCAGUCGCACAGGGCUUAGAAGACCGCUGGAAUUCUCCUCAAACCUUGGUGCUUUGGAAAGCAAGUGUUUUGAAAUCAAGUGCCCUGAGGAUAGUGGAUCAAUAUUUUACAACUACAACGGUUUCUACUCUAUUGUACUCAUGGCCCUGGUCGACGCUAAGUACAUAUUUUUGUGGAUAGAUGUCGGAUACGAAACCUAUGAUGCAGAGCUCUUCAACUCGUGUGAACUAAAACAACGUCUUGAUUCUGAACCCCUUGGAGUGUCUCUGCCAGAGCCAAUGUCCAGCGAUGAUGAAGACAUCCUCUACUUCUUUGUGGGAGACGAGACCUUCGCCAUGACGACAUAG